GUCUCGGCCAAGCCUUGCUCUGCCCCUCCCGGGGGCCGCGGGCCCGGGCGCCCCCAGCCACGGUGACGGGAAGCGGCUCCGGGGAGCGGCCGCGGUGCCUCCCCCGGCUCUGUCCUCUGUCCCCCCUCGGCAGGCCAAGGCCUGGGUCCGGCCUUUCCCCCUGCUGAGGUACCGCCAUCCCCGGGGGGGGGGGUUCCACCUCUGCCGCAGGAACCCCUCACCCUGCCAGCAGCCCCCUGGAAAUCACUGCUUAGAGGCUCCUCCAUUUCUUCUGGUCAACGGAUUAAAAAAAAAAAAAAAGGUGAAAAUCAGAGAAUUAAUUUGCCCUGCCUUUCCUCUGAGAGACACGAAGCGACAGGCCCUGCCCGGGAUUGAACGCUACAAUCGGUCGGUUCACUGGGCUUCUCCUGCUCGACUGUAACAACACGAGUCUCCCGUCAGCAAGGUUAGGCAAACAGCCGCUGAUAAAACAACUUCCAGGUUCCUCUUUCCAAGGCCGUUAAACACAGACGAGUGCCCUGUGUGUGUGUGUGAACCUCCUGGCAGCGACACCUGCCCCAUGACGGCGCGGGAGCCUUGGUGCCAUGGUACAGGCUGGGUUAAUGACUUUGUUUAUAUUGUUUGGGUAAUCGCGAUAAAGCCGCCCAACCCGCCUGUGUGUCCGUCCGUCCCCCCCCCUUCCCCGCUGGCGAUUCAUUGAGAAAAUGGCCGUUGACGCCGCGUGAACUCGUUUGCCCCAUCCAAUCAGCCCAGGGACGGCUGGGUUGGUUGGGUUUGCUUUUUUUUUUUUUUUUUUUUAAAUUAGGAUCACUUAAUCACAGAGCGGUCAAGGCUGUGGAGGGGUGUUUCACUGGUGACCUAGCCUUAUAAGAGCUGGAUUCAGCAGCUGUGAGCUGGCAGAGCUGGGAGGACGGGGAGAAUCCAGCCUGCAACGCAGGGUUUGGGAGGAAUUUUACGGCUUCCCCCCGCAUCUGUUGUAGCAGGAACCGAGUUUUGACAAGAAUUCGGCUGUCCGGCUCAGCUAUGACCACCAGCGGUGCGGACAUGGGCUGUGAGAGGUGCCAGUGCCACAGCGAAGACAAACGCACCGCCAUCCUCUACACCCUCCUCAGCCAAAACCUCAACCACAGCCGGGGCGGCCGCAGCCCAACCCACCAACGCUGCCUCUGCCACCAGCGCCGGACCGUCUGCCUCCGCACACCUCACAUCACUUGUCAGGCGGCGUCCAACGUGCUGGUAAAAACCGUCAGCUUCAUGAAAAACCUUCCUUCUUUCCAUCUGCUGCCGCGAGAGGAUCAACUCCUGCUGCUGGACAGCUGCUGGGUCCCCCUUUUCCUCCUGGGGCUGGUCCAGGAGAUGGUCACCUUCGAGGUGAUGGAGACCCCGGCCCCCAGCAUGCUCAAGAAGAUCCUCCUCGAUGGGCAGAGCAAACGACAGGAGCCCGAGCGGACGCAGCCCACUUUGGCCGCCGUGCAGCGGUUGCAGUGUUGCCUCAACACCUUUUGGAACCUGGAUCUGAGCCCCAAGGAAUACGCCUACCUGAAGGGAGCCAUUCUCUUCAAUCCCGAGGUCCCUGGGCUGAGAGCCUCCCUGUACAUCGAGAGCCUCCAGCGGGAAGCCCAGAGAGCACUUCAGGAGGUCCUGCAGCCCCUGCACCCCAAGGACCAGGGCCGCUUUGCCCAUAUUUUGCUGAUCGCCUCCACCUUAAAAUCGAUCCCUCCCUCCCUCAUCACGGAUCUCUUCUUCCGACCCGUCAUCGGCAACGCAGACAUCGUCGAGCUCAUCGCAGAAAUGCUGUACGAAAUAACCGGCAGGCAGCUGGCUCCCGCAGCGCGCGUGGCGUGCUGAGCGGUCGCGCUCGCUUACCGGCCUCGCGGAUGAUCCCCACGCCUCGCCAGGGAGCAAAGCAAACCUAGGAGCGGGGAUUUAGCCAGACAGACGCUCUGGAGUCUGUGGGGAACCGCACGUUUCGUUAGGGCCGAGGACGAAGGAUUCAGCCGGGUUGCGGCAGAACGCGUGGAGAAACGGCUCCGGUUCAGCAGACGUUUACCGCAGCUCCGGCUCCGCCUGUGCCGGUCUCUGUUUCAGGGAACGUGUGUGCGGGUGACGGGUUUCCCUCCCUGUUUCCUUCCCCCAGAGCAGGUCGGGUUAGAGCCUGGUCCUGGUUUUUCCUCACUGAAUCCUCGGUCCCGUUGAAAUCAAUGUGCGUUUCGCUCUUAACUCCAAGAGAUGAGGUUUGUCCUCAACUAACAGCUUGAUCCUGCGGUGUUUAGGCUGAAUAACAUGUCUUCAGUGGGAUCGCUUACCGAGCGCCAACAUGAUGGAAUCAGGUCUGGGUGAAGUCUUGGUCUGUCUAUUGUGCUUGAAAUCUUAGAAAUAUUGAUGAAUGAUCUUCCUCAGGCACCAAGAGUAUUAAAUCUUACUGGGUGUGCAGAUUCACCCCUCCUACCUUUUCUUCGAUUGUAUCUUUUCUCCGUAAUGCCAUGAAAUACCCCAGAACUGCUCGCAGAGCAAUGGGUUACCUAAGAGCAUCUAUUGCACGUCAUCUUGGGCUGUGGGCUUACCUUGUUUGUGCGACAAUAAGUGACCCCCCGAGCUGCGAACGCUGCGGAGAUGAGCGGAGCUGGUUUGGUGCUAGAACUAAACGUCCCUCCCUGGAGUUACAGCCAGGUGCACACGUAGCACGCCUGGAAACCUUGCUCCUCCCGUCUGCAGCUUCUGCAACAAGGUAGAUGUCAGUAUUUUAUAAGCGAAUGUUCUUGUGGUUUGUAUAUAAGAUGCAGUAAAUUAUUUUUUUAAUAAAAUGUUUCACGUUUUGGAA